GCGGUGCGGCGCGCAUAACGUGAUCAAGGCAGCACAAUCGAUUCAGUGAUAGCGACUCUGUCUACUAUAGGUUUUCCUAACCUCAAAGUAACGUAUGAACUGUGCGCGUAACAAAAAAAUUAGAGUAUUAAAAUCAAACACUGGAGAAAGGAGAUGGACGAUGCCGAACUUCAGGAAGAAGAAAGAGAAGUACUUCUUUCGAUAUAUGAAGGAGAUUCGGCUUUUAAACAGUUGACACCUACUACGUUUCAGUACAAGUAUGGAGAAGACAAUGAUAUGAAAUCAUUUCUAUUGGAAAUUUCAUGGGGCACGACAUAUCCAUCAGAAAGGCCUACCAUUAACAUGAACACAUUUUAUAACAAGCACAUUGUGCAAGAAGUAAAAGACAAGGUGCUGCAGCAUUUGGAAGCAGAAGCGGAUCAGUGGCUAGGAAGUGCUAUGACUUAUACGUUAUUUCAAUAUGUGCAAGAACAUUAUACUGAGUUGAUCUCAGCACAACCAGACUCUGUAGUUGAUUUAAACUUACAAACCAACCACCUUAAGAUAACAGAUGAAAAUCAACAGUUGGAGGAAACAACAAAAAAGCCAAAGAAGGAACAUUUAACUAAAGCUCAGAAGCGUAGACAAUGGAAUAAGGCAGAUGGAAAAGGAGAAAGGCCACGAGGAUGGGACUGGGUGGAUAUAGUAAAACAUUUAUCACAGACUGGCCCUAAACAGGAACAAGAGUCUUAGUUCAACUUCAUUGAAAUAUUUGUACAGGUUAAAGGCUUGUUAUAUUUUUAUAAAUUAUUGGAAAUAAACUGGUUUCCAUAUCA